AUGUGCGAUAUUGAUGUAGUCGGAUGCCUGGAAUCGUAUAGUUUUGUUUAUCUAUUAUUCUGCGAAAACCUCGUUUCCCGGGAGCAUUGGGUUGAAGAACCAGCUCAUGUAGUUGGAAUUGAAAAGUAUGGGUUUGGUGAAAAACGUAGAGUAUAUGGUGUACAGAAUAGGGAUGGAGAUUGUCAGCCUGACGGUUGGCAGCAAUACGACGAUGAACAGCAACACGCUUCUUGGCAAGAACCUUGCGGGCGACCUUUCUUCUGGAGUAACCUUGGACGUGUCCUCCUCCGACAGCUCCUCCAGCAGCACCUGCUCCGUAUCCUCCGUGUCCGCCUCCUCCACGUCCUGGGCAUGGACACUCCUCCGUUGGCUCCUGGUUGUCCUGGGGCUCCUGGAAGACCGUCAAGUCCGGCUUGUCCUGGUGGUCCACGUGGUCCUGGUGGGCAAGUGUUGGAGCUUGGGGAGCAUUGGCAUCCACCGCCUCCGCCGCCACCACCUCCGUAUCCACCACCACCACCUCCUCCGUGUCCUCCUCCGUAUCCUCCGCCACCUCCGCCUCCUCCGUAUCCACCUCCACCGUGUCCACCUCCGUAUUGA